GUCAGUAUCCUUGACCUAGAGAAUUGCUGGCGGGCUACUUGGAUUCCCUGAUUUGCUGCUGCACAUCAUUACUUGUACAUGGCGAAUCGUACAGUUAAAGAUGCCCAUACAGUUCACGGCACUAAUCCCCAGUAUCUCAUUGAGAAAAUCGUUCGUAGUCGUAUUUAUGAAUCACAAUUCUGGAAAGAGCAUUGCUUCGCUUUAACAGGUAUGCAACUUCUGUCUGUUCUGCUUAACGAUAUUUUUUUGUGUUCAAUAGCUGAAUUAUUAGUCGAUAAAGCUGUAGAACUGCGUUAUGUUGGUGGAGUGUAUAGUGGAAAUGUUAAACCAACGCCUUUUCUGUGUCUUACACUGAAAAUGCUGCAGAUUCAACCGGAUAAAGAUAUUGUCAUUGAAUUUAUAAAACAGGAACCGUACAAGUAUGCUCGAGCUUUAGGAGCAUUCUACUUGAGACUAGUUGGGGAGUCUGUUGAGAUAUAUAAAUAUCUUGAAACGUUGUAUAACGAUUUUAGACGUUUAAAAUUUCAAGAUAAAAUGGGGAAUUUCAGUUUAAUUUACAUGGAUGAUUUUAUCGAUCAGCUGCUUACAGAGGAACGUGUUUGCGAUGUUAUCCUGCCGCGUUUACAAAAACGCGAAAUUCUUGAAGAACUCAACGGUUUAGAACCUCGGCAGUCACUUUUAAACGAGGAUCUGGAAGAUUUGCAGUAUACAGAAGAAUUAGACACAGUGAAUAAUUAUGAUGAAAAUAAUAAAUCAAAAAGCAAGCAUAAACGACGAGAUCAUGGGAAAGAUAAAGACCGGCAUAAACGAAGACAUCGUGAGGAAUCUCCUCAUGGUGACCGUAGGGAAAGAGAACGAGAUCAUGUGUCGUCACGUCAUAAAGACCGUGAUGACUAUGAACGUAAACGCGACAGAGAGAAAGGUCGAAGACGAAGUCGUUCUGGAGAGCGUCGAAGUGGUCGAUCCAGACGUGAUGACGAUCGUUCACCAGAUCAUAAACGCUCCCGAGAUAAAGAUCGUGACAGACGACAUUAGAACUCGAAAGUGACACAUUGUACAUAUUUUAAUAAAAAUAUUUUUUGUCUAUCCCACCAGUGCAUUAUAUACAUUCUGA